CCUCUCUGACUGUGAGAGUCUCAGAGGAAGCAGAUUACCUCCUGCUUUGGCUUUAAAAACAGAUAUGGAUCAACCUGCUCUGCUUCAACACCGCUCGACUCAAAAGGCUGUUGGAGCAGGAGAAGGGCUAUCAGGCUCGUAAGGACACGGAUCACAACCGGCGGCUGGAGAAAAUUCGAGCGGAGCUGGUGAAACUCAAGUCUUUCGCCCUGAUGUUGGUGGACGAGAGGCAGCUGCACAUCGAGCAAAUCGACCAACAGACCCAGAAGAUCCAGGAGUUCGUUCAGAAGCUUCAGGAGAAAGAGCAGCGUCUAUCGGCCGUCAGCGAAACUGCCAAAGAAGACGGACAGAAACUCCUCAACCUAGAGAACGAGCUGGAGCACAGAGCGGCUAAAUGUGCACAGGAACACGAGGAAAUGACGGCAAAACUGGCAAACGAAGAGUCCCAAAGCCGGCAGCUCAGAUUGAAGAUGGCCGGGUUGGCGCACAAGAUCGAAGAGUUAGAGGAGAGGAAUACGUUGCUGCAGAAAUCCGAAGAAGACCUGCAGGAGCUGAGGGAGAAGAUCAGCAAAGGGGAAUGCGGGGAUUCGUCUCUCAUGACCGAACUGGAGAAUCUGCGGAAGAAAGUUCUGGAGAUGGAGGGCAAGGAUGAGGAGAUAACCAAAACAGAGACUCAGUGCAGGGAGCUAAGGAAGAAGCUGCAAGGAGAGGAGAACCAUAGCAAGGAGCUGAGGCUGGAGGUGGAGAAACUGCAGAAAAGGAUGGUUGAACUGGAGAAACUGGAGGGGGCUUUCUGUAAAAGCAACACAGAGUGCGCUCAGCUUCAUGCAAUCCUGGAGAAAGAGAAACGUGUGGUGAAGGAUCUGGCCGGGGAGCUGGAGGCGGUGAAAACUCGCUUGAAGGAACUGGAGGGAUCGGAGACGAAGUUUGAAAAGGCAGAGACACUCUUAAAAGAAGAUCUGAUGAAGUUGAAGUCCUUCGCAGUGAUUCUGGUGGAUGACAGGAAGAAUAUGGCGGAGAGACUUAAACAAGAAGAACAAAAAAGUGAGGAUUUAAGCAAGAUGUUUAAAGCAGAGCAAGGCAAAGUUACAGAGGUCACAGAGAAGCUGAUCGAGGAGAGCAAGACACUUCUUAGAUUCAAAUCAGAAAUGGAGGUCAAGGUGUCGACGCUCGUUAAAGAGAAACACGAGUUGAAGACUCAACUCGCAAGUGAAGAGGAAAAGUGCAAGCAGAUGAAUACCAAACUUGGUGGUAUGAAAAUAAGAAUGGACGGACUCGAGGAGAAGUCGUUCAACAAGGAUUACAAGAGAAACCCAGACGAAGACAACAAAGUCAAAGAGCUCACGAUAGAAAUUGAAAGACUUAAAAGCAGGCUGAAACAACUUGAAGUGGUCGAAGGGGAUUUGAUGAAGACGGAGGACGAGUACGAUCUACUGGAGAAGAAGUUCAGAACGGAGCAGGACAAAGCCAACACUCUUUCAAAGAUUCUGGAAGAAAUGAAAAGUCAGAUCGCCAGGAACAAGGCCAUCGAGAAAGGAGAGGCCACAAGUCCCGAGGCUGAGCUGAGAAUCCGCUGCAAGUCGGAGGAAGCUAAAACCAGAGAGCUGCAAACUGACGUCCGGGCUUUGAAGGAGAAAAUCCACGAGCUGAUGAACAAGGAGGACCAGCUCUCUCAGCUGCAGGUGGACUAUUCUGUCCUGCAGCAGAGGUUCAUGGAGGAGGAAGAGAAGAAGCGGAGCAUGAGCUACGAUUUUGCAAACCUCGCCAACGAGCUGGAAGCCACGAAGCGCUAUAGUCGAGCCUUGAGACCUAGUAUGAACGGGAAGAGGAUGGUGAAUGUCCCGGUGACCUCCACCGCAGUACAAACAGAUGAGAUGAUUGGCGAACAAGCAGAGGACGACACAGCCGCGGGAUUCAUCCGUAAAUCAGUCCUCGAGGAAAACCACCUUAUGAACAACCUCAGACAACAGGGUCUAAAAAAGCCGGCAGUUCUUGAGCGAUUCCCUCCAGCGUCCGCAGAUCUGACGGACAAAAAAUCCUGGAUACCGUGGAUGAAAAAGAAAGCGGCUAUUAGUCUCACUCAGACUCUGACUGACAAGAUGAAUCGGGCGUCCUUGAUCAAUCCGCCGGAGACGAGAAGGCCGUGUCAACCAUUGCACAUUCGAGUUACCCCGGAUCACCUGAACAGCACCGCCACCUUGGAGAUAACCAGUCCCCGGGCGGAGGAUUUCUUCUCCAGCACCACCAUCAUCCCAACUCUCGGAAACCAGAAACCUCGCAUUACAAUCGUCCCAAAGACGCCAAUGACAAUGGCUUCGAAGAGCAAAGACUGCGAUGCUUUGGGAGGCUUCGAUCGAACCAAAUCUCCCGUCACGAUCACGGCCAUGUCCAGUGCCAAAAGUCCAGAAAGGUCCAAUGCUUGCAGUCCUUUGGAAAGACUUAAGUCGCCAGUGUCCUUUAUUAGGGUUAACUCCAUCCCUGUGGCUGAAACAUGUGCUGCACCUGAGCCAAAGGACGCAAGCCGACCCACGAUGAUAAAAAUGACACCAGACAAGUUACCUUUCAGGAAAUACAACGCCAACAGCAGCAUCAUCACCACGGAGGACAACAUGAUCCACAUCCACCUGGGUCCGCAGUACAAGAGGCCUUCGGAGGGAUGCAGCAGUUCAGUUUUGACGCUCAGAUCUUCAGAAAGCAGUAAGGAAGUGUCAACAGGAACCGUGCUGCGCUCACCACGACAAUCAUUGGUCGGGAAGACGAUUCAGAGCAAGAUGACGAGCAGCAUAACGAUCACACCAAUCUCCUCGACAUCCCCCAGACCAGCACCUUCAAUGGUGAGACUACUAAGUCCAACUCAGAGUGUUCAGUUCCUGCAUGCAUCUCAAUGUGACUGGAUAGCAAUAAGGUAAAGGCAGAA